AUAAUACGCUUGGGAAAUAGGAACAAAUGAAGUUACCAUACUUAUGCGCACUUUUCAUUUCUAAGACAACUCACCAUUUUUUCUCCUGCAAAAAAUGCUGAAAAAUUCCGUUAAUAUCCUUGGUUUUGCUAAAGGUUUAAAAUAUACACGAAAUCAUAUUCUUCCAUCAAUAGGAUAUUUCUCGACAGUUCCACAGAAAAAGUUUCGUAAUCCCCACGAGAUGAAAUAUCUUCCGCAGAAGGAUUUGAACGCAUACAUGGCAUUUUUGCCUCACUUUAUCGAUGAUGUAACAUCUGAGGAGAUUUUAUUGGAUUAUCAACCAGUUAACCAAAGGAUCAGAAGAUUGCUGGAAUAUUUUUGCCCAACAGGAAAACACUUGCGCCAACAUCUAGUAAUCUACACGUACAAAGCUAUUGAGAAACACCAUGGGACCUUUAGACCUGAAAAUAUGGAAGAAGUACAUAAAUUAUGUUGGUGUUUAGAACUGUACAAUGCAGCUAACUCUAUUCUGGAUGACAUUUUAGACGAUCAUGAUAUGAGAAGGAACAUGCCUUCUUGGCAAAAGAUGGAAGGAAAGGCAGCAGUUAAUGAUAUGGUUUUGCUUUACUUAUGUGUAAAUAAAAUCAUGAAAAAAUAUUUCCACAAUCAUCCAAAUUGCUUGCAAAUGAUUGAACUACUUCAAUCAAUAACACCUCUAGUAUCCAUGGCUCUUGAAUUAGAAUGGACGAAUUUCGAUGAUUUCACCAUAGAGAAGUGUGACCAAAUUUCAGAGAUCCAAUCUUCAUUUUAUCUCUGUGUACAGCCUUUUCAACUAACUACAUUAUUAACUAACAAAGAAUUGCAAAUGCCUGAGCUAACGAAAGGAGUAUUCUAUUAUUUGGGUAUUCUUCAAGCGUUCCAGAAUGAUCUUCUCGAUAUUUAUGGGGAGGAUGAAGGUGGCAAAAGUUCUAGAGAUAUACAAGAAAACAGGGGUACCUACCUCAUUGCAGUUGCACGACAAAAAGCAAACUAUUCACAGAUGAAAAUACUGAAAAAUUGUUAUGGAAAGCAAGACCAGAAAUCUAUCGAUACAGUUAGAGGGAUAUACGAUGAACUUGAUGUUUUAGGAGAAUACUAUAAACUGGAAGAAAAGUAUUUGGAAAAAGCAUCUGAGGAAAUUCGCAAUAUUAAGGAUGAAUUCUGUCGUUCACUGAUUGAACAACUUGCUUAUUUUCAGAGUUUUGGUGUGAUUGGAGUUCCUCCCCAUUAGAUUGUAAAAAUAAAGAUAUUUUAAUUGUAGAUUAAAUUAAAGAGUAACCUCAACAUAUUGAUUAAGUCGUCCCCAUAUUUCUACUCUAACAAAAUCCUUUAUUUUAUUCUUUUCAUUGGAAAAUGUUUAUUAUUAUUGGUAUUUUAUGAUUGUGAGAAAAAUAUAAGAUUUUGAA